AUGUCUCUUACAUAUCAAUCUGAGCAUCUUGCUUGGCAGCAGAGAGUGAAACAAGAACAGUCAAGGUCUUAUCAAUUUUAUAAUACCUUGGGAACUUUCUCUACAAGAGAUUUUGAUCUUUAUAGACCCUUAUUUCCAAACGGAAAUGAUUACUCAAAUUCCAAUAUUUAUAAAACAUUUAAUGAAAAGAACAAAAGCAUAAACCAUGCAUUGACUGAUCGCACUUUAAAUCGUACUCCCAGCUUUAGUCCACAGAAAUCAUUAGUGAGAAUCAGAAAAAGUGUGUCAUCUUCACCUAAAAAAAUGAGGCGUAAUUUAAGUUCGCCAAUAAAACCAAAAGAUAUAAAAAAAGUUAUUGGAGAAAAUCAAAGCCAUGGCGAUUUAAAUAAAUUAUUAAUCAAUAAUAAAGCCAAGGCGAAGAAAUCUGAUCUAGCUGCUCAGAUUUAUAUUAAAGAGCUUGAAGAAAGGUUAAAAAAAGAGAGAAUGAAAAGAAUUAAUACUGAAAUCAAAUUAACUCGAAUGAAAAGUAAUUAA